AUGGCCUCCCUAACCCACGCCCGCUACGGCAAAGACAACAUCCGCCUCUACAAAGUCCACCGCGACCCCUCUAACCCCAGCCUCCAAUCCGUCACCGAACUAACAAUCUGCACCCUCCUCGAAGGCGACAUCUCCGCCUCCUGGACGCACGCCGACAACGCCAACAUCGUAGCCACCGACACCCAAAAACAAACCACCUACAUCCACGCCAAACUCAACCCUGUCAACCCGCCAGAACUCUUCGCAGCAAGUCUAGGUUCCCACUUCUUGAAGCAGUACCCACAUAUCACUGCUGCGCAUGUUGAUGUCAAGGCUCAUAGGUGGACGCGGAUGGUGGUGGAGGGAGCGGAGCAUCCGCAUUCUUUUAUGAGGGAUGGGGAGGAGAAGAGGGUUGUUUCGGCCGUCGUGAGGAGGGGGGAGGGGAUUGAGGUUAGGAGCGGGUUGACGGGUCUUCUCGUUCUUAAGAGUACUGGGUCGCAGUUCCAUUCAUUUCACAGAGACGAGUUUACGCGACUUCCUGAGACGUGGGACCGGAUUCUAUCCACAGAGGUCGAGGCAGGUUGGCAUUGGAAGACGUUUAAUGAUCUGGAAGACGUCAAGAGAGAGCAGAGUGCAUUCGAUCAAGCUCACGAGGACGCGAGGCGGAUCACACUGGAGACGUUCGCGAGAGAGAAUUCGCCGAGUGUGCAGAAUACUAUGUAUAAGAUGGCGGAGCAGAUUCUGGAGGCUGCGAGGGGAGUGGAGAGGGUGGAGUAUAGUUUGCCGAAUAAGCAUUAUUUUGAAAUUGAUCUGAGCUGGUACAAUGGAUUGAAGAAUACUGGAGCUGAUGCGGAGGUGUAUGCGCCGCAGAGUGAUCCGAAUGGAUUGAUACAGUGUACUGUGGAGAGGAAGGGUGCGGCUGCGAAGUUGUAG